GCUCCUUUGUAUUCAGAACACUUACUCAGCACUAGACUUUGGGAAAAAUUGCCAUUUGAGUGAUAUUCCCCCCUCCCCUCAUGCCACCAAGCCAGGAUUCUGCCCCGCACGCCCCCCCCCAACUGUCUGCUAACCCUGACAGGGUUCUAGCCCCACCACCCAGCCAGAGAGUACAAAACCAGCGAACAAUUGGAGAUGGUGUUGCUGACUCCUGUUUGCACCCGAGUGCUUAUCUUGUCACAUUUUGCUGCUGCAGUGAUAGAGAUUACCCAGAAAGAUGAUUAAAUUCAUGCAGUUCAGAAAACUUGUCAAUAAUUACUAAUUAUCAAUUUACUGUAUGGAAUUAUUAAUAUAAUUUGAAACACUUGUAAUUAUAUAAUAAAUUAUUUGAUUUUUAUUCUUUGUGGUUCUAUAUUUAUAUAAAACUUAAAGGACAGAAAGCAUUACAGAUCAUCAUAACGUAGUUUAACUCUUCCUGUUUUAACUCUGAAUUAAUUCACAAAGGGUGCUAAACUACCAGAGCACCUAAUGGAAAAGAACAAACAGUCGACGUUUUGGGCUGAGACCCCUCAGCAGGUCUCUGCCUGAAACGUCAACUGUUUAUUCAUCUCCAUAGAUGUCGCCUGACCUGCUGAGUUCCUCCAGCAUUUUCUGUGUCUUGCUCUGGAUUUCCAGCAUCUGCAGAAUCUCUUGUGUUUCUGCUGAACUACCACACCUUAUUAACUCACCUGGGUUGUUGUCGUACACUACAGCUAGACAGUGACUGAUCUGACUUGAGGUAGCGAAAUAUGAAUCUGGUGCCGUGCCGUUACUGAAGAUAACUAGAUCCAAGUUUGUAUUGGAAUUUCAGUGAUCUGUGCUCUAGCUCCUCCCCGGCUAGCCGUCUCCCAGGAGGGUCAAAGUAUACUGAGUGUCUGCUGCUGUCGAGCGACAGAUCGGUAAGGCUCUAAUGCAUUACAGUAUAUACGAGAGAAAUUAGAUGGAGAUCUUUAGAGAGGCUGCUGCAAGAGGAAAUAUUCCCCGUGCUGCAGUCAUCCUCUGGUCUGCUUGCGAACAUUUCCUUUGGCAGAGGGCUGUGAGAGAAGGAGGAGCAAUGCCUGGAGGGGCCGUUUGAAUUCUGCGGCAAAUUGGGCUGAGAUUCGGAAGUAGCAUCACAUUGCAGUGGUUGUCACUGAGGCUCUGGUCUGGACUCUUCUGCAGUUUAAACCUUCAAGGAAAGCUGAGAGACUUGUAUUUCAAAUCAUGUGGUUUUCUAGUUCGUUUUUUUUCAAUCAGUCUCUUCCUUUUGACAAAUUGUGAAGUUACUGUGCUGAUAUUUUGAGGCUAAAAUUAGCUUCAUUUCCACAAAAGGUUUUUUUUUGUCGUUUUGACUCGACGAAGCCACAUGUGAGGGAGGACUGGAGCUUAACGAAACAGAAAAUAUAUGCAUAUGUUUACUUUCAACAGAGGAAAGGCAGGUGUCAUGUCCCCCUCUUUGUCUUCCAGUCAAUGGCACAGUCUUAUUCAUGCCAGCAUUUGUCUUCAUUUCUUAAAGAAUAGAAAGCGUGGCAACUGCAAGGGUCAGCUCUGUCACCUUGUGUCCUGUUAAGGCUGAUGGCUGUUUGCAAGGGAAAUUGCAAUGCUGAUAAUACUGAACAGAGUCGCUCAGAUAGUAAACGAGUGAGGCAGAAGCCUGAGACACCGCCGCAGUAACCCAGCCAAGAAUGACAUCUGUUUGGGCCGUGCAGAACCGAAGUAUGAACUCUUCCCUGGAUGCAAACAAUACCAGUCGACCGUUCUGCCUUUUGGGAUUCAGUUACUACGAAACAGUUAACAUCUGCCUCCUGGAAAUAACCAUCAUUGUUUUUCUCACGGUGUUAAUCAUUUCAGGUAAUCUCAUUGUCAUAUUGGUAUUUCAUUGUGCACCCCUUUUGAAUCACCAUACCACAAGUUAUUUCAUUCAGACUACGGCGUUUGCUGAUCUGUUUGUUGGAGUCAGUUGCCUGGUUCCGUCUUUGUCCCUUCUUCACUAUCCGACUGGAUCUCAUGAAUCUUUAACGUGCAAAUUCUUUGGAUAUAUUGUGUCUGUCCUGAAAAGCGUUUCGAUGACCUCUCUGGCCUGCAUCAGCGUCGAUCGAUACAUUGCAAUUACGAAGCCGCUAUCUUACAAUCAGCUGGUCACACCGUGCAGGUUGCGUGCUUGCAUUGUUAUCAUCUGGAUAUACUCCUGCAUUAUAUUCCUUCCUUCUUUCUUUGGCUGGGGAAAGCCAGGUUAUCAUGGGGACAUAUUUGAAUGGUGUGCUAAUUCCUGGGAGACAAACGUGUACUUCGCAGGGUUUAUUGUGGUUUUGCUCUACGCUCCUGCUGCCUUUGUGGUCUGUUUUACCUAUUUCAACAUAUUCAGAAUAUGCCAACAACACACUAAAGAAAUCAAUGAAAGACGUGCUCGGUUUAACCCUCAAGAAGGGACAUCGACAGAAAAUCCGCCCAGCUCUGAGAAACAUUAUGCUAUGGUUCUCUUCCGAAUCACCAGCGUCUUUUACAUCCUCUGGCUUCCGUACAUCGUUUAUUUCCUCCUCGAGAGCUCCCACAUUUAUCAUAGCUCGGAGGUAUCUUUCCUGACCACCUGGCUCGCCAUUAGCAAUAGCUUCUGUAACUGCGUAAUAUAUAGCCUCUCCAACAGUGUCUUUCGGAAGGGGCUCAGGCGCCUCUCGGAUGCCGCCUGUGCUUCAUGUAUCUGGUAUGUGGAAAGCAAAAACCCUUCAAUGCCUGGGAGUAAAAGAUCUUCCAAUGACUGCAAUGCUUGAGAAGGAUAACGGGAGACAUAUUCUGCCCAGCUCAUUGCAUUACUUCAGCUCCAAUGUAAUUUGAACUUACUAAACUGGGCUCGAGUUUGGUUGUGGUACUGAGUAGUUCUUAGGCAACUUCUGGGGUUUACAUCACAAUUCACUGAAUGCAUAGCCUUUCACAAGAUGUAAUCAAUAAUGAGACAAAACUUAAACAGAAACUUUGCUGCUCUCUUUUAAUUCCUAUCGCCGUUCCCAUUCUAACAUGCCAGGCCACGCCUCCUCUUCUGCCACGAUGACUCCAUGCUCAGGUUGGAGGGGCAACACCUCGUAUUCCAUCUGGGUAGCCUCCAACCUGAUAACAUGAACACCGAUUUCUCCAAUUGCUAUCAUUUAUUUUUUCCCCUCCCUCUUAUCUCUUCUAUUCCCCACUCUGGCCUCUUACCACUUCUCCCCUGGCUAUCACCUCUCUCUGACGUCCCUCCUCCUUCCCCUUUCUACUUUUCUUUCCUAUUAGAUUCCUCCUUCAGCCCUUUGCCUUUUCCACCCAUCACCUCCCCAGCUUCUCACUUCAUCCUCUCCCUCCCCACACCUGGUUUCACCUACCACCUUUUAGCUUGCCCUCCUUUCCCUCCCUCCACCCUGUUAUUCUGGCUUCUUCCCCUUCCUUUCCAGCCCUGAUGAAGGGUCUCAGCCCAAAACGUCAACUGUUUAUUCAUUUCUAUAGGUGCUGUCUGACCUGCUGAGUUCAUCUAGCAUUUUGUGUGUGUAACUCUUUUCACCUGUUCAUAGUUGUGUAUGAACUGUAUUUAUGAUUCCUUCUAGGGAAUUGAAAUAUUUAUGGGCCAAAUGUUUUAAUUUCUUAUUGCACUGUACAAGAACUUGCAGAAAAUACUUGUUUCCAUGGACGAUAUAAUUAUUGUACUCUGGCUUGUAAUUAACUGUGAAUUCUAACCAUAAGUAACCAACUUAACCCUAGAAAUUCUGACCCAUUUGAAGAUGGUCUAUUAACGGAUGGUAUUCUAUCUACAGUUUCCUAAACGUGUCUAUGAUAUCUCCUGUUUGACAUUCUUAGCACAAAAUCUUUAAUACUGUGCCAAAGAACUAAACUAUGUGGAUAAUUUAUUUAAUUUUCAUUUGAUAAUUCUAUUAAUUAAUUGGCAUAAGUCAGAAAUGGGUCAAAGCUUAAGCUGUUUAUUUAAAGAACUGGCCUACGUCGUUUAUAUUGGAUGAAAUGUGUGUAGUAAAAGAUUAGGUUUUCAAAGUCAUCAACUUCAGAGAAAAAUGUCUUCAGUUUAUAUAAUUGUUUUUUUCAUAUGAAAAUCUUUACUUUGAUGUGAGUUUUAAAAAAACUCCCAGAAAUCCUUUUUUUAAUUUCAGAAUUUCUGGUCAAAAUUGAAACAGUACUUCAAACUUGCGGUAGCUUUUUAAAAUUAUUGUGUUCUUUAUCUUAUUGUGGUUUUGUUUGUGCUGCAUCGGAUCUGGAGUAACAAUUAUUUCAUCUCCUUUACACUUGUGUACUGGAAAUGACAUUAAACAAUCUUGGUUGUUUGAUAUUUAAUGUUUGGGUGGGUGUAAUGUCUUUGUAUCUUUUAAUUAUGUAUUUUUUGCCAGUAUUAAUGAAUUAAUAUUGUUGGAAAAUAAUGCAGUUAAAGUUCGGGUCAGCUUAAUGUACUAUCCAAAUUGUAAGCUUUAAUCUGAUAUUUUAAUAAAUAGUAAAUAGACCAUUAAAAACCAGCUAUAUUGGGAGGCAAUUUUUGUGUUCUUUGUAAAGGAAGGUUAAAGUUCUUUCUUUUCUGCAGGAAAUAAAAUUGCUGACAGAUUUUGCCUAGGUACAGUUUCUUUCUCAGAGCAAUUUGAGUUGUUGAGUUCUGAGCCCAUUUAUAGGAUUGUACUUCUAAACUAACAGUGGUUUUGAAAUGACUGCACUUCCUUUGACAAUUGCCAUCGGCGUUGCCGGCACCGUUGGGCUGUGCGAAAUGGUUGCCAAGUCUCCUCCGAUUUGGUUGUAUUCACAGUCUGCUCAAAUCAGAACUGUAAAAUAAUGUUUCUGACAAUCAGUCGCUGCUUUAGUUUGAACUCCAAAGUUUAAUGAUGCCAUUUUGGAUCCAUCUACUAUGUAGUACAGAAAACUUACAGAGUGAAGUGGACCAGAAUAAACAGAAUGGUACUUCUGGAGAGAUGUUUAAUAAAAGUCCAACAUCUGCAAUAUUGACUCCUCAUGUUUUUUGCUUGCUUUGAAAUGGAAUAUGUGAUAAUGUGUGGUUCUUGCCUGCAUACAUCAGUAAAAGACACUUCAAGCUGCUUCUUUUGUCCCGGAUAUUUAAUUUUAUAACAAAGCCGAGAAAUUGUAGUAUAAAUAGGUCUCAAGGUAGCCUGAAUGCUUUCUCAUUUAUAAAGGAUGACAGUUUGGCACUCGUGAUGAACGAUACUAUUUGACUGAUCCAUUUACACCCAUAGAUUUAGUUUUGGGACAGAUGUGAAAAUCAGUGUUGUGUUCAGAAAUCUAUUGUGGGAAGUGCAUUAGUGGUUUUAUUGUGUAGGGACACCACAGUAAAAGCAUGAGAAAAGACCAGUGGUUAGAAAUGAUGGCCAUAAUAGAAAACCAGGUUAGAGCUUGUUUGAUAUGUGUGUUCACUAAUUUAAUUGAAGUGUAAACUCUAUUCAUAUGUCGCAUCCUGUGAGCAGUUGCCAGCACAUGGUGAUCCA